GCUUGCGGCUGUGUUUUGAGAGGAGAAAUACUGAGGCUGGGACCGUCAGGAGACUGUGACUGGAGUGGGUCAUGACAGCGAGGGAAGUGGACUGGGGCUGCAAGGCCACUGUGACCGAGGUACAGUGACAGCCUGGGGACUGUGACCCAAGUGUGGCUGCUUGUCGCGGUCUGCGCCCCUGAGCAGUAAGUGCGAAGGACUCUGACCUCGAAGAGCACGAGGCAGAGGCUGCGGCGGGACUAUGACCGAGUCCAAAUUCAGAGACUUCCUGAAUUCUGUCAUAUUCCCUGCCUUAGAGCCUCAAGAUCCCAGCCCACUGAGGAAAGAGUUAAAAGAAGAUGGAUGCACAGAGUUCUGCUAAAGUCAAUUCGAGGAAGAGGAGGAAAGAGGCACCCGGACCUAAUGGAGCAACGGAGGAAGAUGAAAUUCCUUCAAAAGUGCAGCGCUGUGCAGUUAGCUUAAGGCAGCCAGCUCCUUUUUCUGAUGAAAUUGAAGUUGACUUUAGUAAGCCCUAUGUCAGGGUAACUAUGGAAGAAGCCUGCAAAGGAACUCCUUGUGAGCGGCCUGUAAGAGUCUAUGCAGAUGGAAUAUUUGACUUAUUUCAUUCUGGUCAUGCCCGGGCUCUGAUGCAAGCAAAGAACCUCUUUCCUAAUACAUACCUCAUUGUGGGAGUCUGCAGUGAUGAGCUAACACACAACUUCAAAGGCUUCACUGUGAUGAAUGAGAAUGAGCGCUAUGAUGCUGUGCAGCACUGCCGCUAUGUGGAUGAGGUGGUGAGGAACGCCCCCUGGACCCUGACCCCCGAGUUCCUGGCAGAGCACCGGAUUGAUUUCGUAGCCCAUGAUGAUAUCCCUUACUCUUCUGCUGGGAGUGAUGAUGUUUACAAGCACAUCAAGGAAGCAGGCAUGUUUGCUCCAACACAGAGGACAGAAGGUAUCUCCACAUCAGAUAUCAUUACCCGGAUUGUCCGAGACUAUGAUGUAUAUGCAAGACGGAACCUCCAGAGAGGCUAUACAGCAAAGGAGCUUAAUGUCAGCUUCAUCAACGAGAAGAAAUACCACUUGCAAGAGCGGGUUGACAAAGUGAAGAAGAAAGUGAAAGAUGUAGAAGAAAAAUCAAAAGAAUUUGUGCAGAAAGUGGAAGAAAAAAGCAUUGACCUCAUCCAGAAGUGGGAGGAAAAGUCCCGAGAAUUCAUUGGAAGUUUCCUGGAAAUGUUUGGUCCAGAAGGAGCACUGAAACAUAUGCUGAAAGAGGGAAAAGGCCGAAUGCUGCAGGCCAUCAGUCCCAAGCAGAGCCCCAGCAGCAGCCCUACUCGGGAGCAUUCCCCAUCCCCCUCCUUCCGGUGGCCCUUCUCUGGCAAGACUUCCCCAUCUUCCUUCCCAGCAAGUCUCUCUAAGCACAAUGCUGUGACCUGUGACAUCAGUGAGGAUGAAGAAGACUAGGUUUCAUCCCUCCUUUCCUCUCCCCUCCCUCUGUCCCAGAACCUUCAUAAGCUCUCUGUCGAAUUCCACUUUGUGAUCCCAACACUAAACCCAAGGACAUCUACAAAGAAAAGACAAAUGGGGCAAGAGGACCUGGGAAUGGGGGAACCCAAACAGCCCUUGCCCUAACAGCCAGCAUCGCCCACACCAAGGAGGCUGACUCAGCUUAGAAGCCCUCUGUGCAUCCGUCUCCCUCCCCAAGGACUUUGCUUUACUGUUUAUGCUUGACAGGGAGAUAGUCAUUUUUAUUAAUUUUUUAAAAAACUAGUCUUUCAAAUACAGUGAGUAGAACUAAUUUUUUUCUCCUGAGGAGUGGGCAGAAGAAGGAAGUAUGUUAUACCCAGAGGCCUUUUCUUCCUGAGACACUAGUAUUUGCCUUUUGUUCUGAAGCAAAGUGGCUUGCCAGGUCCUUCAAACAGUAAGCCAUGCUGAUGGGUCAUUUGGGGGGAAUAUUGUAAUUUUGGUUUCCUUAAAAUCUCAAAGCUGAAUUAGUCCCAAGUCCCUUAACUGUACUGCUGGCACAUGUGUCAGCAUGGCUGUGGAAGGAGAAGAUCUGAGCCUAACUUUUGUUACUCCCUGUGGAGUUUCUUGUUGGACCCAAUGGGGUCCAUGAAGAUACUGAUGGGGAUGGAACCAAACCACAGAGCGUUGACUGUAGAUUUUCUGCUGUGUUCAUCUUCUCAGAAAAAUUCUGUUGCCCAAUUAUUUGGGAGUUCUUGUUAGUUUGUUUCCUGCAACCUACCUGUAAAGGAAGGAACAUGUUGAGAGUUACUGUGAUUGGAGAGGAGAGUGUAACAAAACAGUCCAGUGCAAAGUCAGCUGAGAUGGAGUUUCUGCAGGGAUAAGUCCCUAGCUCCGCAACUCCUGUUUCAUUGCUAUCUCCUGGAUUUAUACUAAGGAUACUCUGUAAAUGUCUGUAGCUUGAACUUUAUCUGUUGAUCCAUGUUGCUUACUGCCAUAUUAAUACUUGGAUUUUCAUAGGGCACACAGGCAUAAGCGUAAGGAAACACUCAUUCCUGAAACAGCCUUACCUGGAUCUCUACCCCUCUUAAGAAUAUUCUUAAGUAGAAUCAAUACCCUAUGAAGUCUCCUUUCUUUUAAGGGCUGCAACUGGCAGGGACUUCUUCCACUGCUCCUCCAGAAAGCCGCGAGCAUGGGCUAAAUUACUAGCAUAAAGAGAUUCUCUUUCUGGCCCAUCUGUGCCUUGUGGUUAUGAUCCCACCUCACCUGUUAGGUUGCUCAAGGGGAAUCCAGUACUUGAAUUCAAAUCAAAGAAUGCUGAUUCUUGGCACUUGCUACUGAACAUGAUCUGAUGUUUUUAGUCCCCCUACAUCCCAUCUCAGCUCCAUGGCCUGGAGGAUCAUUACCACCAGUAAUCCUGUAGUUGGAUUAAGGGCAAAAUUGUUUAUGCUCAUUCUUUGUCACUCAGAUACCCCUUGUGGGGGUGGAGCCUUAGUGUUUUCAGCAGAGAAGCACAUUUUCUCCUUUCUUAUACUUCUGCUAGGACUGUGAGCAUUUUAUAGUCCUCCCUGAACACUUUCUGGUAGAAAGCUGUACUGCCGCUUAAGGGUCCCAGGCUAGCUCCACAGCCUGACAGCACAACAGGACUACCUAGGCUCCUGAACUGAUGUCACCCCGGCAGGUAAAGCACAGAGGAGGAGGGGGCAAAGAUGUGCAAUGUCUUGUCCUGUGGCCUGUGGCAACUCCAUUCUAACUUUUCAUGGAGUGCUGUUUUCACUGUCAGCUCUGGUCCAAAUGGCUUUGGUCUCAAAUCCUGUCUUUGAAACAGUUGAAAUUAGUGUUUCUGUAUGCUACAGCUUUAUACGGCUUAUUUUGUACUACAGUCUUCUCUUGGAGGAACUCUGCCUGUUUCUCUCUGCCUCGUUGUCCGUUGUAUACAAAGGUGAUGACAUCACUGUGUAGUCAUUCCUCAGCUGUAUUGUCUGGGUCCCAAAUAUUUGAACCCCACAAUUUGAACCCCACACUGGGGGGUGAUAUAGCUAAGGCUGGCCUGCGUACCUGUUCUUGGAAUGCCCCCUCCUUUACUGUCUCCUAACACUCAUAUUUUCAGAUAAUUUGGACAUCAGCAAAAACUUGUAUGAUAUGUUAGAUACUUGGGUGCUUGAACAGGGUGCUGCUGGAGUGACACACUAUUGAGCACUUGUUCCUAGUUAAAUGUAGUUAAGGGUGUGAACACUAUGGCUCUGACUAAUCUUCACCUCUUCAAUAUGAAUGCUUGAGCCUGUGCAACCUCAGCUCUGGAGCUGUUUCCCUGAGUCCCACAUGAGAAAGCAGGCAGCAUGGAAGGGUUGGGUGUGGUAAAGAUGGAAGAACCUUAGCUGUUUGGCCUUGGAGCCUCUACCAUAGGAAAGAGUUGAAGACCAAGGCUUUUUAGCUGGUGCUGAGAGGGAGCCAAGGCAAGAAGUUUGCUUUUGUCAUACACUACGCUCAUGAGACUGAAAAGCAGAAGCUGCAACUUUAGAGAAACAAGAAAUGGAUCAUUAGUGCUGAAGCAGCUGCCUCUGACAGUUAAGCCAAAGAAAGGCUGGCCCUCUGCAGAGCUUGAGAAGGCUGGGAAUGUGAAGAGUGAAAAUCACAGGAAAGUGCUGGGUGGUGGCACAAGUCUGUAGUCCCAGCACUUGGGAGGCAGAGGCAGGCGGAUCUCUGUGAGUUCAAGGCCAGCCUGGUCUACAUAGUGAGUUCCAGGCCAGCUGAGGCUACAGGGAGACUCUAUCUCAAAAAGACUCAAAAAAAAACCACAAAAGGGAAGGUUGAGAGGCCUUUGACCUUUUCUAGUCACUGAUAAUUUAGGCAGCACCCAAGUUACUCUUGUUUACCUUGUGGCCACAGCCCUUCAGGCCGUCUAGGAUGCCUCCGCCUCCACAGAGGUUCUUCUUGGUACUCUGUUUCUGCAUCUCUUCACUCGUGGGUAGCUUACCUUCUUACCUUUACCUUCUUAAACCCUGCUCCAUAUCAAUUCUUCCCAAAUCAGUUCCUAAAUCUUCCCAAAUCCCUUCCCAAAUCAGUCCUGGGUCCCUGCUUUGCUUUAAUUCCUCAAAGUCAUAGUUUCUAGAUACCUGUCAGCUUACAUGCACCAGAAGUUGAACUAAUGCAGGUUCAAAGAAAAAGCUCUCUUAACAAUGUUUUAAAAACUAAUGGUAUUUUUAAAGCUUACCAAUACAAGUAUUUUUAAAGGUUAUAUUUUUCAAAGUCAUAAAAAUGGUUGUUGUUUUCUCAUAGAAUAGAUUAUCAUGGCUAAAGAGUGGUCCCUAGCUACUAUUUUUCAAAAUAAGUAGAGCAUGUUCUGGAAUUAUAAUACUAUUAAAUGCUAAUUACCCUCAAAAAAGAGAAGAUUUUUCUGUCUGCCAAAGUUUUUUUUUUUUUUCCUCAUUGCAGCUGAUUUGUUUGUUUGUUUGUAUGUUUGAAGCAGGGUCUCCCUGUAGCCCCAGCUUUCCUGGAACUCACUAUGUAGACCAGGCUGGCCUUGAACUCACAGAGAUCCGCCUGCCUCUGCCUCCCAAGUGCUGGGACUACAGGCAUGCGCCACCACGCCCGGUGUCUGCCAAAGUUUUAUGUUAGCACACAAACUGGGGUGGAGAAGAAAACUGCCAGCCUGAGGGUUUGGAUGACUCAGGCUGUGUUCUUUAGGUUUGAAGUGGGACUUCCUCCCUUUGGGGAGGAACUGACAGCGUAAGAAUUGGUUGGGUGCUUUGUGUUGAGGAUCCUGAACAGGAGAAAGUGUUGAAAGAGCUACAUGCUAUGGCGUGGACAUUCACCCAUCACCAGUGCAAGUCCAUGCGGACAUCUCCUGAAGCUGAAGUUUGCAUAUCAUUUUCCUGUCUAUUAAACUGUUCAGAGUCAUUUUGGCUUUUGUCAUUUAGCCAAAUAAAGGCAAUGUGGUUUUCCCUCUUG